CUACAGAUCUACUACAGGUCUACUGUUGGAGCUGCUACAAAUAUGCUGCUGGAGCUGUUACAGAUUUGCUCCUGGAGUUGCUGUCAAAGCUGUUAGCUGCAACCUGCAGAUCUGCUGGAGUUCAUCCUGUUGCCUGUGCCGAACUCCCUCUCUGCUCUUGCUGCUUGUUACGUCCUCUCAGUUGCAGGUCGGUUCUGUUGUUCGGUUGACUCAAUACAUCUGUAAUGUCAAUGGCCGUAAUACCAAUCUCCUUCCACUAGGUCCGCCAAGUCUUCCCUUUAUCGAUAACUUGCACCAGCUCGAUAAUUCAUCACCUCACGUUUACCUCUAUCAACUUUCCCAAAAAUACGGUCCCUUCAUGUCUCUUAAACUUGGGUUUCGCCAAACUCUCGUAGUCUCUUCCGCAAAAAUGGCUAAAGAAGUCCUGAAAACCCAUGAAAUCGAUUUCUGCAGCAGGCCUGCUCUGCUUGGCCUUCAAAAGCUAUCCUACAAUGGCUUAGACUUGGCUUUCACCCCUUACAGUUCUUACUAGAAGGAAAUCCAAAAAGUCUGUGUAACCCAUCUCUUUAACCCCACAUUUUACGGCCAUUGACUCUGUGUUCCAAUUUAUUCUUUUUUUUUUUUUUCUUAUUGCGAAGUGGAUUCUUGGUUUGGGUAGUUAUCUUCUGAAAGGUUGGUCUUUUAAUUUUGUUUUGUUGCCUCAGUCUUGCUAAUGUAAAGUAUGUGCGGAUAUAAAUUAGGGCUCCAUGAAUUUUUUCACUCUACUGUGAUAGAAAAAACAAACCUUGUGCUAAUAGAUUCCCAUACUUAGGCUUUCAAAUUAGGUGGUAGGUUUAUUGUGAUUUUUCAAUUGUUGCGGGUUAAGGGUUUCCAUCUCUUUAUAUUUUGUAAAUUGAAAUAGUGUUAGUAGUGUGGUCUUAGUGGAAUUGCUAUGGUUGUUUUGCUAUGCUGCAUGCAAAUAGUCAAUUGAAUGCAUAGUUUGUGGUAAAUUUGUUGAACUGAGACAGGCUUUUUGAAGAUGCUCAUGGCUAAUGUUUUCUUGUGAACAUAUCCACUGUUGCUUCAGAAUUCAACUUUUUUAUAUGCAUGACCCUUUUUUAUGCUAAUAAUAUAAAUAGUUUUUUUAUAAAUAUGUUAACAUAAAGUAUUUACUAAUUGUAUUGUAGGUCUUUUUAUGAGCAAUUGUGGAUUUUGAGAGCUAAAGUGUUUUGAGUUGGUUCUUGGCUGCUUCCCUUCAUGUUGAAUGUUGGUUUAGUUUAGUUAUUUUAUUUAUGUUGGGUUGAUUUUUGCUUAUAUUUGGAACAAGUAUGUUGCUUUAUGUUGGAUUAAUUUCUAUAUAUAUUUGGAACAACUUAUGUUUGGAACAUGUUGCUUUAUGUUGGAUUAAUCUCUAUUUGGAACAAUUUUGUUGAUUUAAUUAUUUGUGUUAAAUUAAUUUUUAUUUAUGUUUGAUGCAAAAAAUAUAUACUUUGUUAUU